AGUAUUUCAUUUUUUCAGUCCUGAAAUUUGAAAGUCCACAUCAUUGUAUCAAACAUGUGGAGUUUAAGUGUUAGCGUGUCAUUGGUGGGCCUAGAGCCUUCCGAUCCUUAGUUGCCCAAGAAAGGAAUGUCUAAACCCUACAGAUAUUCAUGCAAUUUACAACCUAACGUUUUGCUUCUCUUUAACUUCAACUGAAGAUGGUCUGGCCUGGCAGUUGAAUCCACACAUGAGAUGAUGCAUCUACGAACUGGGAUUUCUUGUCUUGUGGGGUAUUGUGCAAAGCUACAAAAAUAAUCCCCCGAACCACUCAGAUGACAACUUUACCCUCCAAAAACCAUUCUCCUUUUGAAGGAAAAACACUAUUCAAUUCCAAAUCUCUAGUAACAAUCCACCAACGACUUCAUGAUUUAAGCAAUGAAAUUAAAACACUAUUAAAAAUGAUGCUUCUACAUUAACGCAGAAUAUUGGCUCUGAAUUUGAUUUAGGAAAGCUCUUGUUUGAAACAACAUACAAUAUUGCUCCAUUUAGUUGAUAAAUUACUGAUCUUAUAUGAUAUAUUGUCCACCAAAUUAUUUUAACAAUAUAAUUUUAAAUGUUGUUGUCACAUGAGCUCCGAUUAAAAUCUAUCAAACAAAAGAAACAUCUUUAUAUCAAAUAGCCUCCAUUACCCCCUCACCAUUUUUGACUUUCCAUAUUCUUGCCAAAACCCCAUCUUUAAAUAAUAAAAAAGAAACCCGAAAGACAAAAAAAUAAUUUUCGAGACCCGAAAAAAAGCCUCCCUUCAAGGCCCCCUCAAACGCCUCCACUCUGUUUCUCAAAACUGUAUUUUUUUAUUACAAAACGAAAAAAGGUAGAAGCGUGGUUGCUCUAUCUGGAGCCUUAGAGCAAUGGAGGUUAGCUUGCAAAGCAGCACGCUUUGGGACGACGUCGUUGAGCAAACAAAGGUGGCAACAGAGAAGGGUAUUGAUCCCCUGCCUUGGGCUUUGCAAGUGUCUUCAAGUUUGAGCUCAUCAGGAAUUGCUUUGCCUUCAACUGAGUUGGCCCACGUGUUGGUUAACUACAUUUGUUGGGAUAAUAAUAUCCCAAUUCUAUGGAAGUUUUUGGAUAAAGCUUUGAUGAUGAAGAUCGUUCCUCCCCUGCUUGUUCUUGCUCUGCUUUCACAAAGAGUAAUGCCCUGUCGACAUUCCCAUCCAGCAGCUUAUAGGCUUUACUUGGAACUUCUUAAAAGACAUGCAUUUACACUUAAAUGUCAAAUUAAUGGGCCAGAUUAUCAAAAGGUCAUGAAAUCAAUAGAUGCUACUCUUCAUCUUUCUGAGGUUUUUGGUCUGCAAGCAAUGGAACCUGGUAUUCUUGUGGUCGAGUUCAUCUUUUCAAUUGUAUGGCAGUUGUUAGAUGCAUCAUUAGAUGAUGAAGGAUUGCUAGAACUUACUGCAGAAAGGAUGUCCAGAUGGGCAAUUAAACCUCAAGAAAUGGAGAUAGAUGGUCAUGAUAUUUAUGAUGAGAAGAAAAUUGAAUAUCAUGAGAGGUUGCAGAAUUUCAAUACUACAAUAGCUAUUGAGAUAAUUGGACAAUUUCUGCAAAAUAAAAUGACUUCCAGGAUUCUUUACCUGGCACGGCGAAACAUGCCCACUCAUUGGGCAGGUUUCAUUCAGAGUUUGCGGCUUCUUGGAGCAAAUUCAGCAGCACUGAAAAAUUCGAAAGCUUUAACUUCUGAGGCUCUUCUGGAGUUGACAUCAGAUAGUCGCGUCGUCUUGUCUAGAGAAUGCAAAACGAGUUCGCUGCAAAAGUUCCAUGCUGUUAUGGCUUUUGGAUCUCUGGCUUCUUCAGCUGGUCUAUGCCAUGGAGGUAGUCGUUCUGAUCUUUGGCUCCCACUUGAUCUGGUAUUAGAAGAUGCUAUGGACGGUUAUCUAGUUAACACAACAAGUGCUAUUGAAAUUAUAACUGGUUUGAUCAAAACUCUUCAAGCAAUAAAUGGAACCAGCUGGCAUGACACCUUUUUAGGCCUUUGGAUCGCAUCUCUUCGGCUUGUUCAAAGGGAGAGAGAUCCCAUUGAAGGUCCUGUGCCUCGGCUAGAUACACGUUUGUGCAUGCUACUGUCUAUAAUAACUCUUGUGGUUGCUGAUCUUAUUGAGGAAGAGGAGGGUGCACCAACUGAUGAAAUGGUAUAUGGCUCCACUAAUCACUGGAAAGAAAAGAAGUGUCCCAGGAAAUGUCGUGAUGAUCUGGUUUCCAGUCUACGAGUACUAGGUGAUUAUCAAGGCUUGUUGGCUCCACCUCAAUCUGUUGUUUCCGCAGCUAAUCAGGCUGCUGCAAGAGCAAUGUUGUUUGUCUCAGGCAUCAAUGUUGGGAGUGCAUACUUUGAGUGCAUCAAUAUGAAAGACAUGCCUAUCAAUUGUUCUGGAAACAUGCGCCAUCUGAUUGUUGAGGCUUGUAUUGCUAGAAACUUACUAGAUACAUCAGCAUAUUUCUGGCCAGGCUAUGUGAAUGGACGCAUUAACCAACUACCUUAUAGUGUGCCAGCUCAGUCACCUGGUUGGUCAUCAUUCAUGAAGGGGGCCCCACUUACUUCAGUAAUGAUUAAUGCUCUUGUUUCAAGUCCUGCUUCCAGCUUAGCAGAGCUGGAGAAAAUAUUUGAUAUUGCGGUCAAUGGAUCAGAUGAUGAGAAGAUAUCAGCUGCUACAAUUCUUUGUGGGGCCUCUCUACUUCGUGGUUGGAAUAUACAGGAAUAUACUGCUCAAUUUAUAACUAGAUUAAUGUCUCCUCCGGUUCCUUCCGAUUAUGCUGGGAGUGACAGCCAUUUGAUAGAUUAUGCUGCAAUGCUGAAUGCACUAAUUGUUGGAAUAGCAUCUGUUGACUGUGUUCAGAUUUUCUCACUACAUGGCUUGGUUCCAUACUGUAGCUUAUUUUGGCUUCAAAGAUAUUUUCGACUUCUUCAAGGAAAACCAGCAUCUCCUAUGAGAGCAAAAUGCUGCUGGGGUCAACUGGCCCAACUGUGCUUGGGUCAAACAACCAAAAAGAGAAAGGUUAAAGUUAUGUAUAUCUUCAUAGAAAAUUUUUUAUACUCUUUUUAUAUUUUCCCUGCUCAAACUGAAUAAAACUUUUAAGAAACAUAAUAUAUGAUUAAAUUCCAUCUUCAUAAAUUUGAGUUCUUAAAGUAUCUGUGGUUUUACCUUUUCUUUUACCAGUAUUUAACUGAGGAUAGCGUAAUUGCAUGACAUGACUGAAGAAGAAAGCAUGUUUGGAGUCCUUGAAUUAUGACAUGUUUAGGGUUCUGACCUUGUGAUAGGCUUAUGAGAUGGAAGAAUUGGUUCAUGGGGAUGAUACCUUUUAGUAUUCUUCCUUAUUUUGAAGAGAUUUGAUUUGCCAAUGUUAAGGGAAAUAGAGACAGGAAGGCAAGAUAGUAGGAAAUUUACUUGGAGCGAAGCUUCUAAACCUCCUGUAACUGAGGUGAUUGAGCUAAAAAAAUUAACUUUCUGCUUACAUUUUUCAAGCAUAUAACUCAACACUCAAUUUCACUCGAGUGACUACGCCUAUACAGUGGCAUAGCGGGGAGGAACCUGCUCUUAUAGACAAGAUUAGGAGAUAGGGGGUUGUACCAGCUAGAAGCCAUCAAGCUGAAGCCUUCUCUUCUUAGAGAACAGGGCUUUUUCAUCUGCAUCGGGC